UCUCCUCUCCUCUCCUGUUGUCUCCUCUCCUCUCCUGUUGUCUCCUCUCCUCUCUUCUCGUCUCGUCUCCUCUCGUCACCUCUCCUCUCCUCUCCACUCCUCUGCUCUCUCCUCCUCUCCACGGCUCUGGGUUUAGGGUCCCCUCCGCUCUCUUCUCAUCUCCUCCCAUCUGCACUCCUCUCCUCUAUUCUCCUCUGCUCUCCUCGGUUCUCCUCUCCUCUCCUCUCCUCUCCUCUCCUCUCCUCUCCUCUUCUCUCCUCUUGUCUCCUCUCCUCUCCUGUUGUCUCCUCUCCUCUCCUCUUGUCUCCUCUCCUCUCUUCUCGUCUCGUCUCCUCUCGUCACCUCUCCUCUCCUCUCCUCUCCUCUGCUCUCUCCUCCUCUCCACGGCUCUGGGUUUAGGGUCCCCUCCGCUCUCCUCUCAUCUCCUCCCGUCUGCACUCCUCUCCUCUUUUCUCCUCUGCUCUCCUCGGUUCUCCUCUCCUCUCCUCUCCUCUCCUCUCCUCUGCUCUCCUCUGUUCUCCUCUCCUCUCUCACCUCUCUUCUCCUCUCCUUUGCUGUUGUCUCCUCUCCUCUCCUCUAUUCUCCUCCGCUCUCCUGUGUUCACCCCUCCUCCGUUCUCCACUGCUCUCCUCUUCUCUCCUCUUUUCGUUUCUCCUCUCCUCUCCACUCCUCUCCUCUCCUCUCCUCUCCUCUCCUCUCCUCUCCUCUCCUCUGAUCUCCCCUGUUCUCAUCUGCUCUCCUCUGUUCUCCUCUCCCCUCCACUGCUUUCCUCUUCUCCCUUAUCCUCGUAUCUCCAUUCCACUCCACUCGUCUCCUCUCCUCUCCUCCCCUCUACUUUGCUGUCGUCUCCUCGCCUCUGCUCUCCACUGCUCUCCUCUCCACUCCUCUGUUCUCUGUUCUCCUCUGCUCUCCACUGCUCUCCUCUCCUCUCCUCCGUUCUCUGUUCUCCUCUGCUCUCCACUGCUGUCCUCUCCUCUCCUCUCCUCUCCUCUGUUCUCCUCUGUUCUCCUCUCCUCUCCUCUCGUCUCCUCUCCUCUCCUCUCCUCUGCUCUCUCCUCCUCUCCACAGCUCUGGGUUUAGGGUCCCCUCCGCUCUCCUCUCAUCUCCUCCCGUCUGCACUCCUCUCCUCUAUUCUCCUCUGCUCUCCUCUCCUCUCCUCUGCUCUCCUCUGUUCUCCUCUCCUCUCUCACCUCUCUUCUCCUCUCCUUUGCUGUUGUCUCCUCUCCUCUCCUCUAUUCUCCUCUGCUCUCCUGUGUUCACCCCUCCUCCGUUCUCCACUGCUCUCCUCUUCUCUCCUCUUUUCGUUUCUCCUCUCCUCUCCACUCCUCUCCUCUCCUCUCCUCUCCUCUCCUCUGAUCUCCCCUGUUCUCAUCUGCUCUCCACUGUUCUCCUCUCCUCUCCACUGCUCUCCUCUUCUCCCUUGUCCUCGUAUCUCCAUUCCACUCCACUCGUCUCCUCUCCUCUCCUCCCCUCUACUUUGCUGUCGUCUCCUCGCCUCUGCUCUCCACUGCUCUCCUCUCCACUCCUCUGUUCUCUGUUCUCCUCUGCUCUCCACUGCUCUCCUCUCCUCUCCUCCGUUCCCUGUUCUCCUCUGCUCUCCACUGCUGUCCACUCCUCUCCUCUCCUCUCCUCUGUUCUCCUCUGUUCUCCUCUGUUCUCCUCUCCUCUCCUCUCCUCUCCUCUCCUCUGCUCUCUCCUCCUCUCCACGGCUCUGGGUUUAGGGUCCCCUCCGCUCUCCUCUCAUCUCCUCCCGUCUGCACUCCUCUCCUCUAUUCUCCUCUGCUCUCCUCGGUUCUCCUCUCCUCUCCUCUCCUCUGCUCUCCUCUGUUCUCCUCUCCUCUCUCACCUCUCUUCUCCUCUCCUUUGCUGUUGUCUCCUCUCCUCUCCUCUUGUCUCCUCUCCUCUCCUCUAUUCUCCUCUGCUCUCCUGUGUUUACCCCUCCUCCGUUCUCCACUGCUCUCCUCUUCUCUCCUCUUUUCGUUCAUCCUCUCCACUCUUCUCCUUCGCUGUCUUUUCUUCUCCUCUCCUCUCCUCUCCUCUCCUCUCCUCUCCUCUGCUCUCCUCUGCUCUCCUCUGUUCUCCUCUCCUCUCUCACCUCUCUUCUCCUCUCCUUUUCUGUUGUCUCCUCUCCUCUCCUCUAUUCUCCUCUCCUCUCUUAUCGUCUCGUCUCCUCUCGUCACCUCUCCUCUCCUCUCCUCUCCUCUCCACGGCUCUGGGUUUAGGGUCCCCUCCGCUCUCCUCUCAUCUCCUCCCGUCUGCACUCCUCUCCUCUAUUCUCCUCUGCUCUCCUCGGUUCUCCUCUCCUCUCCUCUCCUCUCCUCUCCUAUGUUCUCCUCUCCUCUUAUCUCCUGUACUCUCCACUCCCCUGCUCUCCUCUCCGCUCCUAUGCUCUCCUCUACCCCUCUCUCCUCUCCACCCCUCUCCUCUCCUCUGCUCUCUCGUCCCCUCUGUCCUCCUCUUCUCUCCUCUCCCCUCUUUGAGAUGGCGGAACCCUCGCACCUGUCAGCCCUGGAGGAGCGGUGGGUGGGGCGUGGCAACACAAGCGACGUGCGGGAGGCAGGGCUCUCAGGGCUCAGCCCUAUGCCUCGCAGCUCGGCCUGUCGAAGGAUAUGUUCCGCUCUUCUUCCAAGACCAUGACCCUGAGUCUGCCUGGCAUAAGCGCUCGGUUCUGCAAGGGCCUCCAAAGGGAUGGCAGUGCACAAAAUAGUGAUACAGGGGUACUCUGCUCAGAGGGAUAUGAUUGGGUUUUUGCAUAAGCACCUGUACUCCGCAACAAGGGUUGCGGUAGGGGAGUCUCUGGCGUAGAGGGAUCAUAAGAUCAGGAAGAGGAUAUGGGAAGAGUAGACCGAGACCAAGGCGAGGGAGACAUAAGAGCAGGCCAAUUAGAGGGGACAUUGUGUACGUUUGGCGCAAGGUGGGGGGUAGAAUACUCUGUGACCUACCCGCCAUGAUGUUGCAUCGGUUUAUCCAUUCUUGGUGCGCCUAGCUCACACAGUAAAUUCUCUCGCUGAUC